AUUUUUUGUUUAAUUGGCUGGGAUACUACUCACAGAGAUAAAUGUAUCUAAGAUUACUGAAGUUUUGUGGCUUUAGAGCAUGUUACAAGGUUGCCUUGGAGGACUAAUAUUGAGAGCUGAGUACAAAAGCUUGCUUAGCAAAGCCCAACUGAAAUAUUUGACCUUGAUAACAAUGUUAGUUCUCUACCUUCUGUUUUGAAGAUAGCAGCUUUCUUUUUGAAGAAUAUGAGGGUUUUUUUGGGCAGGGAGAAGAAUGCUGAAUUUGGGCAGAACAUAAAAAUAAUUAAAAAGUGGUUGAUAAUGAUAACUUCUCUCUUUCAGUGUUUAAGGAACAAUGAAUACUGCCUCAACUUCAGAAAGUGGGUCAUAUUCCACAAGCCACCCAAGACCCUUUUUUUAUGCUCAGCCAUCAGCUCAACAGCCUUAUCCAAAUCCAUGGCACUUCAGUUAUGCAUACAGCCCAUAUUGCUUAGCUCCUUCAGGUAAGGCUUCCCAAAAUGGAAAUCCAUGUUUUCCAUUUUAUUCUGUUGCACUCCAUGAGUACCCUGGAUUUCUUGUUCCACAGCAUCCAGUGCAUGCAAGAAUUAACAGAAGGCCUUAUUUUAAUGCUACCUUACCUUCCCCUAUGUUUUGUCAUGCAACAAGAUUUAGACAUCAUAAUAGCCCUGGGAAGAAAAUGGAGACGAAAGAAACACAGACUGAUCCUAGACAGCCUGAAAGCAAGCAAAAAAGGCAGCAAGAUAUCUGUAGAGAAAUGAAAGGCUGUGAUGCAGGAAAUAUAGCCUGUGUUUCUCCUGGUGUAGGUACAGAGACUGAAACUACUUCAGAGAAACAAGAUUCAUGUGGGUCUUCUAUUGUGGUAGACAGAGAGUUUCAUAAUAAGAACCCUGCCAGCUCUACACAGCAUAGAAAUCUUCCUACUGGAAGCUAUGCCUUUAAGAAGGAAGAAGUGAGGAUAGAAUAUGGAAACGGCUCUCCAGCUAUUCAGCUGUGGAAGUCCUUUAAAGAAACAAUUCCAGUGUAUGAUGUGGCAAGUGGUAAACCGGUUCCAGAGAACAUAGUGCCACAUGACUUAUUUUCUGCUAACUCAUGUGAAGGUAUGAUAUAUGGCCCUCAUGAAGGGGAGAAUAUACUGCCGGGAGCUUCCUUAGAUGAGAGAAAAGUUGUUGUCACCUCCAAACAGGGUGCUGAAACUGUGCAAGAGAGACAUGUCCAAAAUAAUGAAGUGAAACUGGAUGAAGAAAAGCUGGCAAAAUCUCCUCCAGGGGAAACCAUGACAGUGCAAAUCACAGAGUUGGCAAGAUCUGUUGCUGUAGAUCAACCAGUGGUAAUAACUAAGAAGUCUAGCACUAAAAGGUCUUCACGAUUAAAAACUUCUCAAGAAGAGCCCAGCUUUAUUCAACAAGCAGGACUGCUUCCAUCUAAUGUGGAGGUAAUGAAUGACUUUCAGCAAAAAAAGCUGAAUUUAAACCACAGUGCAACCAAUGAAAGUCAGACAGAAAAAAAUAUCUGGAGUGACAAAUCAAUUGAGAAGUUUGCUCCCUCUAGCAGCUGGCUGGCUUGUUUGGACAGUAUGGACCCAACCUACAAUGUUUGUUUGCCAGAAAGGAAGUGCCAAUGUGCAAUCAGUCUGUCUUCUGAUGACAUGUCCUCUGGAGAGGAAGGCUCAUCAAUUGAUAAUGCCUCAGUGUCUUAUUUUGUGCCUGACUAUAUGCUUCAGAAGAGCAUGCAUACUUUUCAGAAGAGUACAGAGUGUUUAGAGAACAAGCAAAUUAAAAGUGGUGGGUCCCUUAAUGAAGAUGAAGUGGUAGGAAAGGAGCAGGUGAACAGUUUGAAUGAUCAAGAUGUCAGCUCUUCAAACACAAAGAUCAAAGAGGCUUUCAGUAAAGGUAGAAAGGUAGGAGCCCUUUCUAGGUCCUCUAGUAGGAAAGAAAUUGACUCUCUCAACAAAAAAGCAACCAAGAGUUUAUCAGAAGUUGAGGACUCUGAAAAAUAUUCUGUGAGGGGAGAAGAGGAAGGUGAAGAUGGAGAGGAUGAGUAUGAGGAGGAAGAGGAUGAUGACAUGGAUGAAAUUGAGUAUUUCUUUCAAGAAGGCCCUCCAUAUGGCAUCUUGAUGUCAAGUAAAGGAAAUCUCUACCAAGUUGGCCAGAGAGUGCUUUGGAAACCACCUACAAAUGCUGUACCAGCACAAUUAAUUAGCUGGCCUGCUCAGAAUAAGAUAGAAACUAGGAGUGGGGUCGUUGAAAAUACUGGUGUAGUUUACAAGCCAAAGAAGAGAGAACAAGAUGAAGUUGUAUACAGUGACUAUGGGUAUUAUCGAAGAAAGAGGCCUAAGACAAGAAGAGAAGGACUUGAGCACCAGCGAAUGCUACGGAAAUUCUUGGGAGGAAGGCUGUUAAGGGAUAACAUGGGGAUACCACCAGAAGAGUACUGGAUUAGAAAUGGUGCUAAACCCAGAUUUGCCAGCCAAAUACAAGGUAGUUUUUCACCUCCAGCAAAGAGCAAAGAACAAGUGUGCCCACCUUUGGUUAAACCAAAGAAGAGAAGAAUGUGCAAGCCGCCCUCAAAACGCAGAGACACGAGACAUGAAGUGGAAGAAGUAGAAAUGUGGGAGUGGCCUAAACACAGUGUACACAAGGGGCAUUGAACAAGGAAGUCUCUCUCUAAGAAAAGAUAAUUGGAAAUAUUGAAGCAGAAGAGAGGGGAAAUACCAAAGAUCUGUUUUAUAUAUAUAUCCAAGAUUUGAUCAUUAUUCCCUUGUGCAUUUUGUAAGUUGCUGCUCACUCUAAAAGGUCAAGAAGUGAUACUGUAAAGACUGAGGACACAAUUAAAAUGGAAUGAAGUAUUUAAUAUGAAAGUCACUUUUUUAUAACUAGCACAUCCACUAUUUAAAUAAUAAAUUUCAUAGAAUUGCACUUAGACUUCUUGUGUUCCAUCUUUACACAGUAGCAAAAAAACUUUAGGUGGCCAUGCAUGUGCACAACUGCUAUUCCAGCAUGACAACUAUUGCUGCCCUAUUCUUAAACUGUGCAGGAUUGUGAAGCCUCUCCCUGUCAUCUCAUAGUCAUAUGGUAUGAACAUAAGUUCAAUACUAUUUUCUAUCAGUUGGAUUUGGUUUUGUGAAAAUGUGAAGGAAUAUAGUUACAGCUGUAUGAGGUCAAGUGCUGUUCUAGAGUUUCAAGGCAGUUCCUCAGAUCUUACUCUCAUGACUGAGGACUAAAAUUAAAGCAUUUUGAGUUGAUGUGAUGCUUCCCUCUCCACCCCUUUUUGUCUGGAGAUUGAGUCCUUUAUGGAGACCCUGAGCUGGACAGGUGCAUCUGAAAGGUAAAACAAAAGUUUUCAGAGGUGUGCCCUGUUUCUGACUUCUUAGUGAUGACUUCUAUGCCUUGCAGUUAAAACUGUCCCUGGAAGUCUCUUUAUAGAACUAAGAUAAUGAAAGUAGGUCUGUGCUAAGCUGUCUUAUGAAUAAUGGUGACAGAGUGAUCUAGAUGAGGUGGAUAGCUCAAAAAUAUGUAAUUUUUUCCCCAUGUCUAUGAAAGUUAUCACUGUGUGAGAAGAAUAAAUAUUGCUGGUCUUGAAUGAUUACCAAAUGAAGUGAUAGUGUCAGUGAAAAAGAUAGGGGAACAGAAAAAAAAACCCCAACAAAACGAAUAUCUGGCUUUCCUUAAAAAAGGGUGGGGUAAAUGGAUAGACAGAACUUGGCCUUUUGCCUCCUCUCCCAUGUUCUUACUCUAUCCCUAGAGUAACCUACAUGGAUAAAAGUAGUAUUUCCUGUUUUGUUCAGGUUUUGUGCCUACCUAUUACUAGUUUGAUCUGUAACUGAAGUUAUGGUGUUUUCCCUCUUAGUGAGGAAUACUGAUGUUUCCUUACCCAACUGAUCCUUAUCUCUUGAUUAUUUUUAAUACCACCCGUUAGGUUAAAGCUCUGCUAUAGCUACAGCCUUUACCACAAGCUAUUAGGGGUAAGAAGCCAUUGUGGUGACAUGCUUUCAAUUCCUUUUUACUUCAAGCAAUGAAAGAAAAUAAAUGCAAUAAAAAUUCUUAUUUGGCUUCGAUGCUGCAUAAAAUCUCUGCACCAGAACCUCAAAGACUAAAAUAAGGCAUUCAAGCAUGGAAUGCUUUUAACACCCAUUUCUGCUGAUAGCCUUAGCUGUAUCUUUUGCUUCUUAUCUGGUAAAGGGAAUAUUCAUGACCUCACAAUCACAUAACAUUCUUACUUUUGAGACUGGGUAAUACUUGACAGGUACUCCAAAUGAUCAUGCUGGUCAUCCUUUCACAGGUCUUGCUCUAAUCAGUGUGAUUUAUACUCAGAUGCAAGAAGCAAUGCAGGGCCUGGGGAUGCUCCUGAGAAGAUGUGAAGGAGUAGCAAGUAAGAGAGUUUACACUAUUUGAAAAAAAAUGCUAUUUUAAACUGGUUAUAUCUUGUGCUUAUGCCCAACACCUACAAGCAGUAGGCAUGAAUGCUCCAGUGUUCAAGAACAAUUCUUUGAUAAAGUUAUGUGCAGUGUAUUCUACUCUAUUAGUCCUGUGAUCUUAAGCCAAGCAGAAGACUUAGGGUUUUUUCCAUUCAGCAGCAUGGAUGCUUUGUGGAUUACAUCUUAGCUGGCUUAUAGCUGAAUCUAAUGUUCCAGUAAAACGGUCAUACUUCACAAAGGCUGUGGAGUACAGACUGCAUUUAAAAGGCUAUGAGUUCAAGCCUAGGUCCUUUUUAUUCAGCCAGGUAACUAAGGCACAGUAAUACUUAGUCUUGCAGAUGCACAUACGUGUCAACUUUUGUUCCCUUUGUCACUGCAGCCAGACUAACUGCCCAGUGACUCACUGCAGAGCUGGCAGUACUGCAAACUUGUAACUGUCGCAUUAUUGCAUUGCCUUGGAAGUUUUCACACGCUUCCUGCAGCAUCUCCUAAAAGGCAGCUGAAGAAUUUAUUUGCUGCUUGGCACACCAGCAACAAACCUUAGAGGCCUCUGGAAUUGCCAUACUGAGACAACUGUUUGGACAGACUUACUGUCUGUGGCUCAGGAUUUCUAAAUCAUUAUUUGCAGCUAACUGAAACUUCUGUUGCACAGUGGGUGUGGUGUAACUACUGAAGUGGAGCUGUGGGUUCUGUUGGCUUGCCAGGUAUAAAUUCUGUAUUUUAAUUUUCAGUUUGGUAGCACCUGAAUGGCAUAAUUUUUUUUUUCCUUUUAUAAUGCCUGAUGUUCUACCUUAUACUGGAAAAUAUUAACUACAGGUCUUUCUAUUAAAUCAAACAAAGGAAGAUCGGAGCCAAUGGCAAACAAAACCCAAACCCCAAAAGCUUGUAACUGUAACACUGAAGGCAUACCAAGGAAAACCAAAUGCAUUCUUUUUUAGAGUCCUUAGCUUCCCCUGACUUGCUACCACUGGCUGUCUCACUCAAAAAGUCUAUAACACCCCCGCUGAUUGAAUGGCCAAAGAAAUAAGAAAAAUAUCAGUAUUUUACCUGAACUACACUUCUGACAAAAAAUGGUGGCAGAGUAUUAAGAUAAAAGGAUGUGGAAAGCUGUAUUGCCUUUGAGGUUUGUUUUAGCUGCAUUUUAUACUUCUUUAGUUUCAUGGGACUAUACAACUACGCUGUUACCUAUCACUUUGGGUUUUAACAGAAUAUUUAAAUGGAAAUCUGUGUCUAUAAAGAAGGCCAGAAAGAAUGUUCUUUAAACAAAAACAUUAAAUGGUUAUGAUUUAAAAACUAGGGCUAGUCAAUUAUUCAAGACUAUAACUUUCUAUCCUGCUUUCUGGGUUUACUUCUACAUAGAACUGUUUUUCAUUAAUCUAAAGGGGUGUUGGUAUUUAUCUCUAAUCCACAUAUUUUUAAAGGGCUUAUCUUAAAUGACAGCUUUGGCACUGUUUAAAAUGCCAAAUGAUGAUGUGAAUCAUGCUUCUCAGCACUCUAGCCCUGGCUGUUAAAAGUGUUGCUAGAACUCUUAGUCUAUUGAAACUUAAGUUUUGAAAUGCUACUUUUAUGAGUUGCAGUAAAGACCUACAUGCAAUAUGAUAGAGGCUUAUAAAACUGGAAAUAAUAUAGGGAGAAAAAACAUGAAUCAGUUAUUCACAUACCUUCCAGUGUAAGAUUAAAGGUGUGUGAAAUUAAACUAAUACAAAGCAGUGUGAAAGCCAAUUGCUACAGAUUAAUUAACUAAUAAUGAAGAAUUUAUUGCUGAGGAAAAUGGCAAGGUUUAUAACCAGUGAUUGAUAUAGAAGAAAAUACAUAUCCAAGGCCACUAAAUACUGAAAUCUAACCCGUGAUUCUAAGUACCUGCACCACAGGUCCCUCUCAGCAGUAGAGGCUGAGAGAGCAUGUCAGUGAAGUAACAGAAAUAAUAGAGAGUUUGCACGUGUUCUGCUGUGGAGACAUCUUCUAUUAACCAUGAUUGGAAAGAUACUGAUAUAACGCACCUUUAGUCAGGCAUAGAAAAGUGAUUUGGCAUCUCCAGCAUUUAAAUUAGAUUUGAUAUAAAUUAGAAAUCGUCUCCUAAUUUAUUUUUCUUAAUUGUUGAAAUAAUAAACCCUGAUAGAUACAAAGAGAGUUCCAUUAACACGGAAAGGGAUUGCAAAGGAAAAAUUGAAUUGUUUUCAUUAACCUAAGCUUCAGAAAAUCUUAAAUGACAAAAGCUAAAGUAACUGAAUAGACCUUCAGCUAGCCCUGCUCUAGACAAGCCUAAGUAAGAGUUUCUCUUGGAAUGCAUCUGGUGAGUAUCGUGCUUCCAGCAUCUGUUCAAUAAUCAAUAAAUGCAUUAAUCUCAGCAUCAAGUGUGGCAACACAAGAAUCCUAGAAUGGUUUGAGCUGGAAGGGGCUGUAAGGAUCAUCUAGUUUCAACCCCUGCCACACCCAGGGCACCUCCCACUAGACCCAGGUUGCUCAGAGCCCUGUCCAACCUGACUAAGAGAAUCAGUCCAUUAGAGAUCUCCCCAUGCUAUUUCAGCUGUUAAAUCUUCUGGUGAAAGAACAAGGGUCUUAGAAUUUGAUGAGGCUGCUGAUAGAGGGAACUACCACAAGUCACUAGUAAGUCCCAUCACAGGGAGAUCUGCUAAAUACAAGUGAAAAUCCAACUCCACCUUCAAGCUCUAGGAAUAUGAUACAGAAACUUUACAUACGUAGGCCUUGCUUAUCUUGUUUUCCUCAAAACAUAUUGUGAAUGACUAGCAAGGAAUGGGGGGUUAUUUUACUAAAUCACUCUUAGACAUCUAGGAGAGAAGAAAAAAAUUUUAAUUCAUACUUUCUCUCAUCCUCUCUUCCAAAGGUCUGAAGAAAAUAAAAAAAAUCUUAGAUGUAUUUUAGUCCAUGGUUCCUUGACUUCACUGUUAAUGUUCACGCUCCUGUAUUAGAGCUUUAUCAUGUGGAGUUUUUUCUUUCAAUCUUUCCAUACCUACAGAGACUAAAUUCUAUAGAAGUUCUUUCAAAGCACAUCUAGUUUUCUCUUUCCUUUUGCACAGUACCAGUAUCCAUCAUCUAGCUCCUCAAGUCACAGCUCUGUACUAAUGUACCUUGAGGUAUCAAAGAGAUACUGUUUAUAGCUAUCUCCAUCUUUCUGGUUGAGUCAAGAUUAUUUUAAAAGAAAAGUGAGGUCAGUAUGUAAGGUCUAUUAAGUACAAAACUUUCUCUUCUUCCUGCUUACAAGUUCUUUACUAUUGCUCUGUGGCUUCAUGCAUAUAGUUUGAAUACUAUUUUGAAAGCCUUACACAUUUAUAUUUUUGUUACCUUUGUUAUUUUGUUUGUAUAAAUUGUUACCACAUCAAAUUGAGUAAACAUAAAAAGUAAGUGUGAAUUUAUUAACCCCAAGCCUUUUAAAAAGGAAACCUCCCUCAACUUCUAUCAAAACAACUGAUACUGAAGAAUAUGCAGAAAUUAAUAUUUUAAUUUCUUAUGUGAAAGCCCCCUUUUAAAGUAACUAAACCCACUAUCUCUUUACAGUUAAGCUGAAUAUGUAACAUCAU